CUUGAACCACAAAACUCAUUGCCGCAUGUUUCCUCAAUCAAUCCCAACCGCCAUCACAAGUCAGUUUUCAAUGGUCAUACAACCCCUCAACUGAACACAGGAACACAUCAAUCGCUGAGUACUCCAUCGCAAUUCUACUGCCACAAUUGUUCAGGAAAGCACGGACCACUCGAUAGAUGAUGUCCUUUGUGGAUAGCAGAAACAGCGACAAUAAAAAUGAGCAUCGAUCAAAACCUACCGAUAGCCACAGCCCGAAGAAUAAUCCAAACCAACAGCAGCAGCACGAGCUACGCUCAAGUAGCAAAGCAGAACACAUCCCAGUCGAAUGAUAGACGAACACAAUACGAAAAUUUAGCACCGCAACAAUCGAACCAACAGCAGCAGCAAAAACAACAACAGCAACUACUACAACAACAACAGCAACAACAUCAAGGAAACCAACAGCAGAACAGCCAACAGAAACGAACGAGACCGGACAAUACUACACAACUUCAACAACCAGCAACCAAUGUUUCAAAGCCAAAACAAAAUUUGGACACCGAAUCACCCCCCCGGAAACGAAACCCCAUCUUAGCUCAGACCUCACCUCCAGCACCUUCAAGCCGUGAAGGAGCUAGUGAUGUUGAGUGUACUGAGCCCAAUUCUAUUCCCCCAGGAGGAACUCGAUCAACGCGUAGUCGAUCACGCAUCGAAAUAAAAAAGUGAUCUCUUCUUCCUACCC